UUUCGAGGUGUUGAAGCAGAAAAGCAGCACCUGCACAAACUCAUUUUCUCUUUGGCCUCUCGCUGUCUGUUAGCCAAUAUUCGGGUAUAAUGCUACUUAAUGAUAUGGAAUCAUCUCCAUAGAUGCAAAAACGAUCCUCCUCCAGUCUAUCAUUGGAACUUCUAGCCGUUGGUACCUCCGUGAUGUCGCCGUGCAGACCACUCGGUUAUAUCGGCGCCCUCGCCAUCCUUUACGUCCUCUUGAAGCUCUCGGCAACAAUAUACGUUUUUAUCCGUCCCUCCCGCCUCUCCAAAUAUCUUCGCAAGGAUGUAGAUACCUACGCUCUCAUAACUGGAGCUACGGAUGGGAUUGGGCUUGGAUUUGCCCGCGAGCUCUGCAGGCAAGGUUUUGGCGUCAUCUUGCACGGCAGGUGUGAACAUAAGCUCCAACGAACGCGGGACAUACUGAAAGAUGAAUAUCCGGACGCCCAGAUUCGCACAUUCAUUUGCGAUGCAGCCCUUCUGAACCCUCCGGAGGUCUUUGAUAGCCUCGCACGCGAACUACAAGACGUGAAUCUGACUGUUCUGAUCAAUAAUGUCGGCGGUCAAGCUGGCUCCGUUCAGGGCCCAUACAAAAGCUAUCUGGAUUACACCCACGAGCAAAUCGAUCGCGUGAUAAGCGUCAAUACGCGAUUCAUGACCCAGCUUACUCGUGUGCUGCUACCGCUACUUGAUCGAAAUGGACCCAGUUUAAUUCUUAAUAUGAGUUCAUUCGCUGCUAGAGGAACUCCCUACGUUGCUGUCUACAGCGCCACUAAGGGAUACGUAAAGACUUUCUCCGCUGCAUUAGCAAUGGAAAUGAGGAUGCAGAAGAAGAAAAUCGAUGUUGUGGCUCUCAAUGUUGCUGAGGUUCAGAGUGGUAGCCACACGGUCCCAACAAGUUUAUUUAUCCCUACUGGAAGGCAAUUCGCGCGAUCUGCUCUGAAGAAUGUGGGCUACGGGAGCGAAACAGUGGAAGGUUAUUGGCCGCAUGCAGUUCAGGGUGUAUUUGUUGAUAUGAUUCCUGAAUGGAUGAGACAGAUAACUGUGAUGCAGGCUGUGAGGUCAAGAAUCGCUGCGUUCCCCGGAAUAUCAAAAAAUGUUAAGUAAAAUGAGUUGCCGCACAAAAUAACCACACAGUCAAUCUACAAAAAUGUAUAUUGCUGUGUGCUGCGUGAAACAGUCUUCUUUGGAUGCUUGGACUAAAAUGACCUUGGAAUUUUUUGAAUUUAUUGUCUGUUGUAUCAUAAACGGCAAAUUGGUAUAUCAAAUAAAGAAUGUUGCAUGUAUAUGA